GCUGCACACAGCUGGGUAUUGAGCGGGUGCCUGUAAAUUAAUAUAAAGCUGCGCGGUCGAUGAUCAGACGACUAGAGGCUGCCGCCAUGAAGACCGCUCUAUCUGUCCUCGUUCUCGUAGUUUUCGCGGGACUGUGCUUCGCACAGGAUUACCAAGAUACACCAACACCAGAGCCAUCUCUGGGAAAAUGUCCCAAAGAAUUUUCGAUGAUAGAGUACUUUAGACCUAAACCAUGUCGUAGAGAAAAACCCUACUGUCCCAGGGGUCUCAUCUGCUGUCCUUGUCCUAAAACAGGAAAGAAAUACUGCAUCCGACCCAGGUUGGAUGAUGAACAAUCCGUCGAUGACAGUGAAUCUUUCUGGGAAGAAAUGAAGAGGGAAUUUAUGGGUAAGCAUGAUGAUUACGAUUGUAAGGAUGAUGAUGAUGAUGACGACGAUAGAAAGGAGGACGAUGAUAGAGUUUAUGAGAUGGAUCGUCUGGCCGAGGAAGAAAAGGGACACACGGGCACCGGGAAACACCGCAUGCGGUGUCAUCACAAACACCACAGAUUCCACAGAAUUCUCAGGAUCGCCGCCCCAGUCGUCGGAGUGAUCAUCUUGGUUGUUAUUGCUGUUACAGUGGCAUGCUGCAUCCGGCGCAGGCGCAAUAGGCAAGCUGCUGAUAGAGCCAGAAAAUCCGUUUACACACCGGAAAACAUCGCUCCUGUUACCGAGAAGGCGACAAUGAAAGGAAUGCUGGGCCUGGAAUUUUCACCGGAAGUCUUUGUUUCUUCUGAGCCUCCGUACAAGAAACUGGAGGAAGAGAAAGAACGCAUUUAAAUCAAAGUUCUGUUCUUUUUUUGGGAUUACCUUGAAAGAAUAUGUAGACUUUGCGUGAUUUUUUUGUAAAUGAUUAUUCAUGUGUACUGUUUGGACACCUUUUGUAAUCUUAUUUUGACACAUUGUAUAUAUUUAUCAUAUCAUAUUUUUUAACACUGA